CUUUUUUUAUUUUUAUUUUUAUUUUUUUUAUAUUUUUUAUAUUUUUUUUCUCUAACGAAACAAAAUCAUACGCACACUACACUCUUUCUCACUCUGUUUUUCUCAUUCGUUUUUCGACGAUUCGGUUUUCUCUGCGUUUUUUCUCUUUCCUUGUGGAAGAAACUGCAUUGCUGUGAGGUGUUCGAAGGGGUUGGGAUAUAUGUCCUUCAAUCAAUCAAAGGUGGAAAAGAACGACGUCGUUUACAGAAGAAACGGACGAUCAUCCACCUUUAACCAGCAAAGAGGUUCCUACGGCAAAGCUGCUGGCGAUGGCGGUGGAAUCGCGCCGUCAAACAAUUCAUUAUCCACUGCCCGAAGUUUUAACAAGAAGUCUAAUAAUGCACAAGGUGGACAAUCUAGGCUAAAUCCUUCCCAGGGAAAUUCAACAGAAUCAAAUAAUGCAUCUGCUGCUCGGAACAUUAGUAAUGGUAUCCAUGGACAGUCCCACUUACAUGGUGCACCAGAUGGGCCAAUUACAAAGUCAUCUGAAUCAUCAGCUGGGCAUAAGAGCACUGGAAUUGUUCCAAAGGCUGAAACUGCUACAUUGCCCCCUUUAAUUUCUGAUCCAGUACUUCCCACAAGCCUUGCUAAGGGAGAUGAUGAGUCUAAGGCAUUCCCUUUUCAAUUUGGAUCCAUUGUUCCUGGCGUCAUUAAUGGGAUGGCAAUUCCUGCUCGUACAAGUUCAGCUCCUCCUAGUUUUGAUAAGCAGAAGCCUGAUCAGGCUCUUGAUGACUCUGACAAAUCUGUGUCUUCGGAUCCAAUUCCUCCUGUUCCAAAGCAGCAGAAAUCACACGAGAAAGAUGCUGGUGUCAAUGAGCAAUCUAACGUUGAGAUUAAGGACAACAAGGAUUCUGAGGUGUCAAUUUUAACCUCAGUAAAUCAGAUGUCAAAACCCUUUGUUGCUCCUGUAACUGGGAUUUCAGUCUCAACUUCAUAUCACCAAUCACAGGCUCCUUUACAGUUUGGAGGUGCUAAACCACAGAUUCAAUCUCAUGGCAUGACAACAACGUCCAUCCAAAUGCCUAUACCGAUGCCUUUACCAAUUGGUAAUGCUACACAAGUGCAACAGCCGGUUUUUAUUCCAGGUCUUCAACCUCAUCCAAUGCAUCCUCAAGGGAUCAUGCAUCAAGGCCAAAACAUUAGUUAUUCUCCUCAAAUGGGUAAUCAAUUAGGCAACAUGGGCAUUGGCAUAGGUUGUCAAUAUCCACAGCAGAAAGGAGGAAAAUUUGCAAGUCCUCGGAAAACUACCCAUGUAAAGAUAACUCAUCCUGAGACACAUGAAGAGUUAAGACUUGAUAAAAGGAUGGAUGCAUUCUCAAAUGGUGGGUCAUCUUGUGUUAGACCACAUCCUAACAUACCUUCUCAAUCCCAGCCUGUUAAAUCUUUUCCGGCUUCUCAUCCUAUGAACUAUUUUCCAUCCAACUCGUAUAAUACAAAUUCUCCUUAUUAUCCACCUAAUUCUCUCCCAUUAACAAGUAGCCCAAUGACUCCUAAUUGUCAACCAACAACAUUUAAUUUUCCUCUGCACCAUGGUCCCCAAGGUGUGAGUUUUAUGAAUUCAUCUUCACAUGGUUCCUCGCCUACUAAUAAAACUAGCACUCCAGCAGGGAUUACAUCUAUGACCAUUAAGCCUAAUGGUACAACUUCUAUAGUGGACUCCUCCUUGUCGAAUUCCUGUAUUGCUGAUGUUCAAAAUGGAGAAUCCCCUGGUUCAACAAUAUCUUGUGAUGUUAGCUCCUCUGUGCUGCAAAAAGGAUCAGAAACCUGUUCAGAAGUUUCUCCACAACAAUCUAAGUUUUCUAGUGAUUUUGUCACAAAUGUGUCUAAUAAUGAAGGUGGAAGGGAAUCUCUCGCUAUCUCCAACUCUUUGAAGGAUAAAAAACCAGGGAAGAAAGAUCAAAUAACACAAAAUCAGGUUUCUGUACUAUCUCCCACAAUGGACUCUAUACGUUCUGGAGUUGUUGAUCAAAAUAUAUCUGAUAUUGGAGUACCCGAUGCUUUAGGAACUAAAAAAAAUUAUUCUGCAGCAAUUACUAUUGAAGAUAUUCCAGGAUCUGAUACAAUUUCAACUGGUGUUGAAGUGGAGACCAAUGGGUCUGUAGACGCUUCUGCUUAUGUUUCAGUGGAAGGAUGUGGUGCACAAACUAUUGACAAAGUUCACAAUCAGAUGCCUGAUAAGACAUAUAAAUUAGUUGAAGGAAACUUUGGCUCAUCAGAUCUGCAGUCUACUGAUCUUCCAAAAACAACACUAAAGCAUUUUAAGAACGAUUCAGAGAAUGUUGAUGUUGAGUCAGGUACCAAGGAUAGACCAAUUAUAGAACCAAAUAAGGUGAAAAACCAAUCUAAAGGAAAGAAGAAGAGAAGAGAGAUACUUCAGAAAGCAGAUGCCGCUGGGUCAACUUCUGAUCUUUAUAAUGCAUACAAGGGACCUGGGGAAAAGAGAGAUGUCUUAAGUUCUGAGAGCAAGGAAAGUGUUACUAGUCCUCUAAGCUUGAAACAAUUUGAUGUUGGUCAGUCUGAUAUUAAAGCCAGUGAGAAAUGUGAUCAUAAUAAAGUUGAGCUUGAUGAUUGGGAGGAUGUUGCUGACAUGUCUACCCCUAAACUGGAGGUUCAUGACAUAUCUCAAAAAGUAGGUGAAGGACAUGGAAGUACAACCAAAAAAUAUUCACGUGAUUUCCUUCUGAAAUUUGUAGAGCAGUGCAUUGAUCUUCCUGAAGGUUUUGAAAUCACUGCAGACAUUGGAGCUUUGAUGAAUGCCAAUAUUGGCGGCUCUCAUAUUUUUGAGCGUGAUUCACAUCCUAAUCCUGGAAGAGCUGUAGGUGGGUUGUCUCGGAUGGAUCGUCGUGGCGAUGUGAUUAUGGAGGACGAUAGAUGGAACAGAGUUUCUGGUUCUUUUCGUUCUGGACGUGGUCCAGAAGGCACCGGAGGAAAUUCAGGAUUUCGAUAUGGCCAUGGAGGCAACUUUGGUGUUUUAAGGAAUCCUCGUGCACAAACACCUCUACAAUACGGUGGAGGGAUCCUUUUUGGGCCAAUGCAAUCUGGGGGAAAUCAAGGUGGAAGAAAUAUCCCUAAUGGGGAGAGAUGGCAGCGAUCUGCUAGCUUCCAGCAGAGGGGUUUAAUUCCUUCUCCAAACCAAACUCCUUUACAAAUAAUGCACAAAGCUGAGAAUAAGUACGAAGUGGGUAAAGUGACAGAUGUGGAAGAGGUAAAACAGAGGCAGUUGAAAGCUAUCUUAAACAAACUAACACCACAAAAUUUUGACAAACUCUUUGAAAAGGUGAAAGAAGUUAAUAUUGACAAUGCAAUCACCCUCAUCGGUGUCAUUUCACAAAUAUUUGAGAAAGCUCUUAUGGAACCUACCUUUUGUGAAAUGUAUGCCAACUUUUGUUUACAUUUGGCUUCUGAGUUGCCUGAUUUUAGUGAGGACAAUGAAAAAAUAACUUUUAAAAGGUUAUUAUUGAACAAGUGCCAAGAGGAAUUUGAGAGGGGUGAAAGGGAAGAAGAAGAAGCAAAUAAGGCUGAUGAGGGUGAGGUUAAGCAGUCUACUGAGGAAAGGGGAGAAAGAAGAGUUAAGGCAAGAAGACGAAUGUUGGGAAACAUUAGAUUGAUUGGAGAACUAUAUAAGAAGAAAAUGUUGACAGAGAGGAUAAUGCAUGAGUGUAUCAAGAAGUUACUGGGUCAAUAUCAAGAUCCAGAUGAAGAAAACAUUGAAGCUUUGUGCAAGCUAAUGAGUACUAUUGGGGAGAUGAUUGACCAUCCAAAAGCCAAGGAACAUAUGGAUGCAUAUUUUGAAAGGAUGAAGUUAUUAUCAAUCAACAUGAAUUUAUCUUCUAGGGUGAGGUUCAUGUUGAAGGAUGCCAUUGAUUUGAGAAAGAAUAAAUGGCAACAAAGGAGGAAAGUAGAAGGUCCCAAAAAGAUUGAGGAGGUACAUAGGGAUGCUGCUCAGGAAAGGCAAUCCCAUGCUGGUAGGUCAAAUCGUGGUCCUGGUAACAAUCAAUCAAGUAGAAGGAAUCCCAUUGAUUUUAGUCCAAGAGUGUCGUCUUCUAAUUCUCAAAUGGGUGGAUUAUGUGGUCUUCCAACUCAAGCACGUGGCUAUGGUGGCUCUCAGGAUGCUCAAUUUGAAGAACAACAAUCUUAUGAAGCUAAGACUUUGUCAGUUCCUUUGCCUCAAAGAUCUUUAGGAGAUGACUCUAUAACCUUGGUACCUCAAGGUGGUCUUGCUAGGGGAAUGUCUAUGAGAGGAUCAACCACAAUUUCCAAUCUUCCAAUAUCUGAUGUGGUUCCUGUGCCUAGAGACCCUCAUAUAAUGACUGCAGGUCUUAAUGGUCAGAGUAAUUCAUCAGAGCGCACACAAUAUAACUCAAUGGAGGAUCUUGGGUCAAGACGUGGUACUAACAGGUCUUUAGGUCCAUCUACUCAUGAUCAAUCAAUUGCCCCUGAGCAUAAUGUAAACCAUGGUAACAGAAACUUGAAGAGUGUUUCACCUGCUGCUCAAUUGCAAGGAUCCAUAAUCUCUCAGAAUUCUUAUUCAGAUAAGAUUGUGUCAGAAGAAGAACUGAGAGACAUGUCCUUGUCAGCCAUAAGAGAAUACUACAGUGCUAGAGAUGAGAAAGAACUUGUUUUGUGUAUCAAAGAUUUGAACUCUCCAAGCUUUUAUCCUUCUAUGGUUUCUCUCUGGGUCACAGAUUCAUUUGAGAGAAAAGACACAGAAAGAGAUCUUCUUGCCAAACUACUUAUCAACCUAGUGAAAUCUCAACAUCACACCUUGAGUCAAGUCCAACUCAUCAAAGGGUUUGAAUCUGUUCUCUGUACAUUGGAGGAUGUCGUUAAUGAUGCCCCUAGAGCAGCUGAGUUUCUUGGCCUAAUUUUUGCUAAAGUCAUAAUAGAGAGAGUAGCUACUUUUACUGAGAUUGCACAAUUAAUACAUGAUGGUGGAGAAGAGCCUGGUAGUCUCUUAGAAAUUGGACUUGCAGGUGAUGUUCUUGGAAGCACGUUGGAGGUAAUUCAAAAUGAAAAGGGUGACGUGCUUCUAAAUGAGAUUCUUUCAGGAAGCUCUAAUUUCCAAUUGAAAACUUUCCAGCCACCUAAUGCUAAAAUAUCAAGGAAGUUGGAAAAAUUUAUUUAGAUAGUAGUUAUGCUUAUUGAAUGUCUUUUUGUGUAGAAGGGAAAAUUGUUUUGACUAGUGUUUUUUUGGGUACUCAAUUUGCAGAGAAUGGUUUUUCUCUGUGGAAUGGGUGAAUAGAGUUUUUUUUAUAUGGGAUUCUUUAUUUUUAUAUUCUUUUCCAUCAUCUUUACUACAAUUGUAAGACGUUCAUUUAAUCAUAAGAAAUUCUAGGUAUAGUCAUGUUUUUUUUUACAUAUUUCUUUAUAUCAAA